AGAAUGUAAACUUCCUGAUACUUCCUGUGCAGAUACUCCCUGCAGUUGUCUUUAAUAUUUUUUUUCUCAACUAUAGAAAUGUCAUCACGUACCCAGGGAUGUACCCUUCAAUAUGAUUGGUGAUGAUGGUUAAAUAUGUAUGGAUUUGUGAUUUUAGAAUAAUUGUACGCGAACUCGUUUUGCCUUAAAAAUAUUUUACACACAAGUUCCGUCCUACAGACUACAGUGAAGAUAGGGUGGGUUUAGCCAAUCCCCUCUUUUGUAAUUUGGAGUACUCGGACAGUAACAUACCCGAGAACGAGAUUAAAUUAUAUGAAUGACAUGAUCUUUAUGGUGUCAAAUUAUUGUGGAUAUGGCGGUAGCGGACCCCAAUUAUGAUCACGUGAACUCGAGCUCAGAUGAAGAGGAUGGUGCUGUUGAAAAUGCUAACAGUCCACAUUCCCUAAAGCCCGUGGGCAGCCCCAGUCAUUCUAAACAAAAUGGAACAGCUGUAACGCAUAUUGAUAGAUAUGGCUUCAUGGGUGGUUCCCAAUACACUAACCCAGAUGAUGAACAUAGAAUUCCAAUUGAAAAACUUAGACAGAGGGAACAGAAAUGGCUUGAAAUGUUUGAUGACUGGGAAAAAUGGAUGAGCAAAAGGUUUAAAAAGAUUAGAAACAGAAGUCGGAAGGGUAUUCCACCAUCAUUGCGUUCAAGAGCAUGGCAGUAUUUAUGUGGCAGUAAAUUCCUUAUGGAACACAACAAAGGAAGAUUUGAAGAAUAUUUAAACGAGCCUGGAAAUCCAAGAUGGGAGGACGAUAUCACAAAAGACUUGCACAGACAAUUUCCACAGCAUGAAAUGUUUACUUCUAAAGGAAGUUAUGGACAGGAAGACUUGUACAGGAUUUUGAAGGCGUACACCAUUCACAAUCCCCGAGAUGGUUACUGCCAGGCCCAGGCCCCUAUCGCUGCAGUUUUACUAAUGCACAUGCCAGCUGAGCAGGCAUUUUGGUGCCUUGUCUCCAUAUGCGAGAAAUACCUGCAAGGCUACUAUAGUCCUGGCCUGGAAGCUGUUCAAGUAGAUGGAGAUGUGUUGUUUGGUUUGCUCAAGAAAACACAACCAGCUGUUUAUAAACAUAUAAAAAAACAACAGAUAGCUCCUAUACUGUACAUGACAGAAUGGUUCAUGUGCUUGUUUACAAGGACACUACCAUGGUCUACAGUUUUAAGGGUCUGGGAUAUGUUUUUCUGUGAAGGUAUAAAGGUGAUAUUCCGUGUUGCUUUGGUGCUAAUUAAAGUAGUAUUUGGAGAUGGAGGAAAUUUUAAGGAUUGUCCGACGCUCUAUGAAACACUAGAAAAAUUAAGACACAUUCCAAUUCAGCACUUAGAUGAAGAAUUGAUUGUACAAGAGACCUUACGACUGAAUAUUAAUGAAAGGGAUAUGGAAAAGGAGCAUCAGAAACAAGUUCAUCGACGGAAAACUAAAGACAAAACAAAGAAAGGGGGAAAGCAAAAGUCAUGACAGAAAGAUGAUAAACUAUAGUGGAUAGUGUUUUAUAUUACCAUGGACUUGUCAAUUUGUAGUCAUAUGAGCACAGUUUCUUAUACUAGUCAUUCAUUAAUUAAGGCACAUUUUCAUGUGAAAAACACUGAGUGUUUUAUGUUUGUACUGACACUAGUAUCCUCAGAUGAAUUCAUAAUAAAAUUGUAUUUUUUUUUCCCUUAAUAGUAAAUUCGCUUGUUGUUUUUUUUUAAUUAGUGAUGAUGAUUCUUCGGAAGUGAAGAAAAUGCUAAAAUUUGAAGCGAUUUGUAAAACAGAAUUGCAUUUAUAUCUAUUGUUUAUUUAGUUAUCAAUGAAUUGUUUUUAAAAAAAAAAUUCUCUCUUUUUAUGGAUGGAAAAUAUCCAUCAAUUUGGAUUGCUGUAGGACAUUAUUUUGACUUUGGUUUUGUGAUAAUGGCCUUGAAAACAUACAUGUGGUCCAAAAUUGUGUAUGUGAUAUUUAUAUAUUUAUAAAUGUUCCUUUGAAGUUGUACAUGUAUAGACACAAACUUUAGGACAUAUAUUUUAUCUGUUUGAUUAAUGAUGCAUGUGCAUGUAACAUUGAAAGUACUUGUGAUAAUCUUCAGGUCACAUAGUAUGAGAAGAUGGACCAAUUUGCAUACAACUACUCAUUAACACAUUGUACUAAAAUGUGUGUAUAUUCACAAACACAUACACACACACAAAUGGGAAAAAAAAAAUCCUAAGGAUUUUUUAAAACCUGUUUUCAAUAACUUGAAUGAAGAACAAAUAUCCUCUUUCAUGAAAUCAUCAGCAUUCAUAACAAACAUUCCUAACUAUCUUUUUUCACAUUUCUACAUUACCAACUUUUCUGCACAACCCCAACAGUUUUGUUGUUUUGAUUGUUUUGAACAUUUUUUAUUGAUAUUGACAUUUUUUCCCCUUUGAUUUCUAUGCUUAAUUGUUACAGUCGGAUAACUGAUUAUUGUACAGUAUAUAUGUAUUUGCUGCUGCAUAAAAUAUAGUAUUUCUCCCCAGAUUCUGGUGAAUAUAAGUAAUCCAGUGGAUGUUUGUCAUAGAAACUCUUCAUUACUGGCCGAAGCACUAGUUCAAUAAUAGAAAAUGACAUGCAUACUUAAAAAUCUGGUCAGAAGUUAUACUAUCAUCUUGUAAUGUUCACUCUCCUUCAAAAUAAUACCGAAUUUAUUUCAUUCAUUAACAGCAAUUCUUGAAUGAUAUAGAUCUGAUAUCCGUUGCUAGUUUUUCCCCAGAAAUUUGUGUGAUAUGAUAAUAUUGCAAUGAAAAAAAGAAAGAAAAACCAAUCGGACAAUAAAGUAAAAAAAAAAUGUACAACAUGGCUAAUUUGCUAUAAGAAUAGGUAUUGGUAAACAACUGACAUGUACAGUUUCUAGGUUAGAUUAAGUUUUUAGCAUGUGCCAUGAUUAUUAGGUUGUACAGUAUGCAGUAAUUAGGAAAUAUCUAUAGUGUAUCAAUUUGAAUGUCACCCCCUUUCUUUUCCUCUCAACCUGUCAUUUUGCUAUUUAAAGACUUUUGACAGUUUUCAUGUAUUUAUUCUAGAACAAGAAAAAUUUUACCUGUACUUUUCCAUGUACUUAUUAAGAUAGCUAUUAUUUUGCUUUUAUUAUGUUUGGUGCUUUUUGGAUGGAAUAUCAUGUAUAAAUUUUAUAAUAUAUGAGAAAUUUUUAUUGCUCAUGUGAAUACAAUCAGAGUGAUUUCCCUCCCCCUUCAAUAUCAUUUGAUUGUCUCACUGUAACUGUGUGCCAAUAUUCUGUUUGUUUCUCUGGUAUAUAUUAGAUUGUUUCUAUGAAUUUUCAGAAGCCCUUUGGCAAGUGAGAUAUUAUUUAAAUUCUGCAUGAAUCUCUUGGGAAUAUUGUGAUGAUCCCAAAGUUUCUUAAGAGAUAAAAAGAAUUUAGCAGUUAAAAUUUGUAAUAUUUCUCAGUGUAAUUUUUAAAGCAGUUUAAUUUUUUAGAGAGUUUGUUUUCAGGCUUGUCUACUGGUCAGAUUACUUGUAAAGAUUAAUAAGAAAAUUGCACAUGAUUGAUGAAAUUUAGUUUAUUCUGUGUUAGACAUAAGAAUAGUGGAGGUGUGUAACACUUGAAAGGGAAGUUUUGAUGUGAUGUAGGGAUGAUUAAAUGUAUUUUGCAUCAAUUUUGUAUUUGUAAGUUUUGUUAUGUUAAACCACUGAAUGACUGCCUACUACCUGGAAUAUGAUUGGCCAAAAAAUCUGGGAAUACAUGUAUUAUGUAUUUGAAUAUGACUAAAUUUCAAUUCUUAGUAUUAAUUGCUAACUACAGGUGCCAGGAUAUGUGGAUGUGUAUAAAAUCAAGUGCUAGUAAACGACACCGUCAAUUUUUAUACUGUUAUUAUUGUAUUUGUUGAGAGAAAUUGGUACUUUAUUUAUCUUCAGAAUCAUAGUUGCUUGACUACAAUAAAACAUGUUUUCUGACAACAUAA